ACAUAAAAUACCAAUUCCCAGCAAUCAAGUUGCUCUCAAACCGAGUCUUUUACAACACGAGGUGUGGUCCUAUUAUUACUCGUCCUUCUGUUUUUUUGUUACACAGUGGGUCCCACUUACAGGUCUUACCACCACACCACCUCCUCGUUCUCCUCAAUCCAUUAAUCACAGAUAAAAUACACACACUUCACUCCCACUUGCUCAACAAAACAAACCCACAUUCUCUUCAUAACACAAACAUUAUCAUUUUCAUUUCCAAACCCUAAAAUCCUCUGUUUCUCUUCCCAGAAACAGAGCCAUGCAUUACUUCUUCACUCUCUUCACCUUCUUCAUCUUCCUCACCUUCAUUGCUCUAACAAAUGCCGGCAACAUAGGCAUAAACUACGGUCGCAUAGCAAACAACCUACCCUCAGCAACCAAAGUAGUUCAACUCCUCAAAUCACAAGGUAUAACCCAUGUCAAAAUCUACGACACAGACCCAUCAGUUCUACGUGCAUUAUCCGGUUCCAAAAUCAAACUCACUGUCGAUCUACCCAACCAACAACUCUUUGCUGCAGCAAAGUCUCAAUCUUUUGCACUCUCAUGGGUCGAAAGAAACAUCGUUGCUUACCAACCAAACACCAUUAUAGAAGCCAUUGCUGUUGGAAAUGAAGUUUUUGUUGAUCCAAACAACUCAACGAAAUACCUCGUACCCGCCAUGAAAAACAUUUACAGAUCACUACAAAAACAUAAUCUUCAUAAUGAUAUCAAGGUUUCUUCACCCAUUGCUCUUUCUGCUCUUGGUAACUCUUACCCUUCUUCUUCCGGGUCAUUCCGACCCGAGUUGAUACAACCCGUUUUCAAACCCAUGCUUGAUUUUCUUCGUGAAACCGGAUCUUAUCUCAUGGUUAACGUUUACCCGUUUUUCGCUUACGAAUCAAACGCUGAUGUUAUCUCAUUAGACUAUGCUCUUUUUCGUGAAAACCCGGGUCAGGUGGAUGCGGGUAACGGGUUGAGAUACUUGAACCUUUUCGACGCUCAAAUCGACGCUGUUUUUGCAGCACUAUCUCGUUUAAAAUACGACGAUAUAAACGUCGUCGUUUCGGAAACGGGUUGGCCUUCAAAAGGUGAUGGUAAUGAAGUGGGUGCGAGUGUAGAGAAUGCAGCUGCAUACAACGCAAAUCUCGUCCGUAAGAUCUUGACAUCAAAAGGGACCCCACUCAGGCCCAAAGCAGAUCUCACCGUUUUUUUAUUCGCACUUUUUAAUGAAAAUCAAAAGCCCGGGCCUACUUCAGAAAGAAACUUUGGGCUUUUUUACCCUGAUGAGAAGAAAGUUUACAACGUUCCUUUAACCGUGGAGGCUUUGAAAAAUUACCAUGAUGACCCAUCACCGGCUUCACCGGUUUCUGGUGGCGGUGGUAGUGGUGGUGGUGGUGUGUCAAAGAGUACCACCGGGAACACGUGGUGUGUUGCAAAUCCUUAUGCGGAUAAAAAUAAACUACAAGAUGCUUUAGAUUUUGCUUGUGGUGAGGGUGGUGCUGAUUGCCGUCCGAUUCAAAACAAUGCCACGUGUUUCGAUCCUAAUACAUUGGUUGCCCAUGCUUCAUUUGCGUUCAAUAGUUAUUAUCAGAAACAAGCACGUGCUGGUGGUAGUUGCUAUUUUGGUGGUACGUCGUACGUGGUCACUCAAGAGCCUAAGUAUGGUAAAUGUGAAUUUCCAACUGGAUACUAAUAAAAUCUGAAGAAAGGACUGUGUAAAGGGUUAUAAGAAGGUGUUGUAGUGUGUUGAAGGAUGAAAGCUUGAAAGAAUAUAGCUAUAGGUCAUUUGGUUGUUGAUCAAUUUGAAGAUUUUUUUGGGUUGUAGAUUGCAUUAAGUUUUUAGUAGUAGUAUUUAUAAAUAAAAUUUGACUUGUUAUCGAGUUGGUGGAAGGUGGGUUAGCUAAGUUUACUUUAGAGACUAAAUUAAAUUGCAUCUAAGUUUUUUGCUUUGCCUUGGACUUACUAGUGUUUUGCUUAGACUAACUAAGUUUUACUUUGUAGAUGGAAUCAAGUUUCGUUAUAUUUGAAUCCAAAUUUAAGUAAAUAUAAUACUUUUCUA